AUGUCUGCUCGUAUGAUUAUCUCGCGCUCCAACAAGGCCUUCAUGGCCCGCGCUCUUAUGCGUGCUGAGGUCCGUUCGUUCUCUGCUCUGGCCCGUGUAGCCACUCGCCCCGCCGCUCCUAAAGCUGCCAUGCCCUCUCUCGUCCGUGGUGUCAAGAACAUCAAGUUUGCUGAUGACACCGAGACUGUGCACGAGCGUGCCGACUGGCCCCGUGAGAAGCUGCACGACUACUUCAAGAAUGACACUUUUGCUCUUAUCGGUUACGGCUCCCAGGGCCACGGCCAGGGUCUCAACUUGCGCGACAAUGGUCUCAACGUCAUUGUCGGUGUCCGCAAAGAUGGCGCCUCCUGGAAGGCCGCCAUUGAGGACGGCUGGGUCCCCGGUAAGAAUCUCUUCUCUGUCGACGAGGCUAUCUCUAAGGGUACCAUUGUCAUGAACUUGCUCUCAGACGCUGCUCAGUCUGAGACGUGGCCUCACAUCAAGCCCCAGAUCACCAAGGGCAAGACUCUCUACUUCUCUCACGGUUUCUCUCCCGUUUUCAAGGAUUUGACCAAGGUUGAGGUCCCCAAGGAUGUCGACGUUAUCCUUGUUGCUCCCAAGGGCUCUGGCCGCACUGUGCGCUCUUUGUUCAAGGAGGGCCGUGGUAUUAACUCUUCCUACGCCGUCUGGCAGGAUGUUACCGGCAAGGCCGAGGAGAAGGCUAUUGCCAUGGCUAUUGCCGUCGGCUCUGGCUAUAUUUACCAGACCACUUUCGAGAAGGAGGUCCACUCAGAUCUUUACGGUGAGCGUGGUGCCCUUAUGGGUGGUAUCCACGGUAUGUUCCUUGCGCAGUACGAGGUUCUUCGUGAGCGUGGCCACUCUCCCUCUGAGGCCUUCAACGAGACUGUCGAGGAGGCUACCCAGUCUCUUUACCCCCUCAUUGGCAAGUACGGCAUGGACUACAUGUACGACGCUUGCUCUACCACUGCCCGUCGUGGUGCUCUCGACUGGUCUCCUCGUUUCAAGGAUGCUUUGAAGCCGGUCUUCAACCAGCUCUACGAUGCCGUCAUUGAUGGUAGCGAGACCAAGCGCUCUUUGGAGUUCAACUCUCAGCCCGACUACCGUGACAAGUUCGAGAAGGAGCUCCAGGAGAUCCGCGACCUCGAGAUCUGGCGUGUCGGCAAGGAAGUGCGUAAGCUCCGUCCUGAGAACAAUUAA